GGGAAAUGCAUCUGCAGUGCUAGUAGCUUUGAUGGAGCAGCAAAAAGGCAGGUCUGGGAUAUAUUAUUACCAUUGCUCUCCCAUAAAGAGGAAGUGGAGAAGGGUUUUUCCCACAUGUCAGAGUCUCCGCCUGGCAGUCUCGCCUUGACCGGGUACCAAGAAGACAACUCAGCAGGUUUGCAAAGACUUUCUUGUAUUGGAUCAGUGUGGAGAACCUCACUGAACAAGUAUGUAUCUGUGAAGAGGCUUUGUGAAGUUGUGGUGUGUCUCAGAGAAAGAGAGACCUUUUCCCUUGGUCUGCUAGGACUUCACCUUCUUGCCCUGAUAGCAUCAUGACUUCCAAGCCAGUCCCACCACUAAGAACGAGGAACAGGCUUUAUACCAGUCUAUGGGAUUUUAAUGGUAUGACAGAGACUGAAUUAAGCUUCCGGGCAGGAGACCUUUUCCAGGUGAUUGAGAAGAAAGGAGAAUGGUGGUGGGCCAAGAAAUUAGAUGCCACAGGCAAGAAUUUCCAGGAAGGUUAUGUUCCCUCCAACUACUUGGCCAAGCAAGAGACUAUGGAAGCAGAACCGUGGUUUUUUGGACAGAUCUCCCGUUCUGAAACAGUACAUCGGCUGAUGUCAGAAGAAAAUAAAACAGGGGCCUUUCUGAUCCGCAUCAGUGAGAAAAAGGGAGCUGAAUAUGUUUUGUCAGUGCGAGAUGACUCACUGGUGAGGCACUACAAGAUUUUGCGUAACACCCAGGGGAAUUUCUACAUGAAUGCCACCCGGUCCUUUCCAGAUCUGCCUUCUCUCAUUGAGCACUACAGAGGGAAAGGUCUCACUCAUGGGCUGAAGCUCUUGAUCCCUUGCUACAAGCAAGAACCAAAGUCAAUGCCACACUGGGAUGACUGGGAAAGGCCAAAGGAAGAGUUCAGCCUCAUCCGGAAGGUGGGCGCAGGUUACUUUGGAGAAGUCUAUGAAGGAUACUGGAAGAACAAAGUCAAAGUGGCAAUCAAAGUCCUCCCUAGAGCUGACUUGACGCACCAGGAAAUGUUCAAGAAUGAAAUCGAGGCAAUGAAGAAACUGAGGCACAAACACAUUCUCUCACUAUAUGCCAUCUCUUCCCUCGGGGACCCUGUGUACAUCAUCACAGAGAUCAUGAGCAAAGGGAACCUACUGGAAUUCCUCCGAGGUCCCAAAGGAGAGUGGCUGCAAAAAGUAGAGUUGGUGGAUUUGGCAUCUCAAGUGGCAGAGGGGAUGUGCUACCUAGAGUCCCAGAAUUUUAUCCACCGGGAUCUGGCUGCCAGAAACAUUUUGGUGGGAGAAAACAACAUCUGCAAAGUGGGAGAUUUUGGAAUGGCCAGGCUUAUCAAGGACGACAUCUAUCUCUCUUACUCCAGCAACGUUCCCUACAAAUGGACAGCACCAGAGGCACUUUCCCAUGGACGCUAUUCCAUCAAAUCUGAUGUUUGGUCCUUUGGAAUUCUCCUCUAUGAAAUCAUGACCCUUGGGCAAAAUCCAUACCCAGGUAUGACCAACAGUGAAGUUUUCAAGCAUGUCCAAACUGGCUUCAAGAUGCACUGCCCUCCAAAGUGUUCUCCCACAAUCUAUGGCAUCAUGUGUAAAUGCUGGAAACUUAAUCCAAAUGAACGGCCAGACUUCAAGAAUCUCAAAGGGGAGCUUCAGAGUAUCACCAACUAUGAGAAUCCAGAAUGAAAGCGACCCCUCUUCAUUUUAAUAUUUCACAACAACUUUGGUAUGGAAAGGAAAUCACCAGCAUCUCUGAAAUUCACAAACAUCUAAUGGAUAUGUGAGCAAGACUCCAUGUGAUAGUGGCAUAGAAUGGCCUUUGAUAACAGAAAUGGGAUAUUAAUGUCACUUUGUCAACUUUGUACUACACAUUGUAAUCCAAGGAGUACAUCUGUAAUUGGCACUCACAAAAGAUGCAUGGACGUCCACCUGGAUAUAGAAAUCAUCAUGCACAAUCAUGCACAAGGAAGGUAAACUCAUGCACAAGGGGACAACUAUAUGUUUUUCUGUACCUGUGACUGGAUUUGAAAAAAGUAAGUGAAACAGAAAAUAGAGAAGUCCAGUAAAAAAUGAAGGCUGUAUUCUGAAGAAAAGGUUCAGUGGAUUCUUGUAUUUCCUGCAGUAUUGUCUGAUGGUGCAAUACUCAAUCUGCAAUAUUGUAAUUCAGAUUUGCACUUUUUCUACGGUGGUUUUAGAAUUGCAUGGGGCCAUGCUCAAAGAGGAGACUUUGGAUACUAUGUGUGUCUGCAGCAACUACAAAAGUGAAGAACCUCGAUUGAUGAGGAUGUAGUCCUUUAGCGAUGCAGUCGUUUAGAGAAAUAUGUGCUAACCAAAUCUUUCACAACAAAUGGCUACAUUUCUGGGGACUAUUAAAAACAGCUCCAUGCUGCCUAGUAUGCUGUAUAAAUCAUUCACAGGUUGUGUUUAUUGAAAAUAUGUUAUGGGUAGGUGGGGGACAGUUUUCUUUACCUCACUUGUGAAGGAAGGUCAAAUAAAUACUGUAACAC